GGGGCAUCCCUACUCUGGCAGGUGGUGGACUGUCCGGUGGUUUGCCGGCGGAUGCGUUCUUGGUUUUCGAGGGGACGGAUUAGGAGAAGGGAGGUAGAGAGGACAAUCGCGCACCACAGUAGACGAUCACAAGUCUCUCCCUGCUUUUUCUCUUUUAUUUUCUUCUCUGCAGGUUCCUCGAUGACAUCGUCUUCCUCUUCUUCUUGUUGAGAUUCCUUCCUCCGAUCUCCAUCCGGGAGCGGGACCCCUCUCUCUUUCUCUCCCUCGAUAGACAUGGCGAUCCUCUACGCGGUGGUUGCCAGGGGUAACGUGGUGCUGGCGGAAUUCAGCGCAGCCACCGGCAACGCCGGGGCGGUCGCCCGGAGGAUCUUGGAGAAGUUGCCGGCGGAGGCCGACUCCAGGCUCUGCUUCUCCCAGGACCGAUAUAUCUUCCAUAUCCUCAGAUCCGAUGGGCUCACCUUUGUAUGCAUGGCCAACGAUACCUUCGGCCGACGCAUCCCAUUUGCAUAUUUGGAGGACAUUCAUACGAGAUUUUUGAAAAAUUAUGGCAAAGUUGCUCAUUCAGCUCCACCGUAUGCGAUGAAUGAUGAGUUCUCCAGAAUCUUGCAUCAACUUAUGGAAUUCUAUUCUAGUAACCCAAGUGCAGAUACUCUCAGCCGUGUGCGCAGUGAAGUUGGUGAGGUACAUGCUAUCAUGGUGGAAAAUAUUGAGAAAGUCCUUGACAGAGGUGAGCGGAUUGAACUUCUUGUUGAUAAAACAGCAACCAUGCAAGAUAAUGCAUUUCAUUUCAAGAAGCAGUCAAGACGUCUUCGCCAGGCUCUGUGGAUGAAGAAUGUAAAGCUCAUGGCUUCAAUGACUUGCGUGAUCGUGGUGGUAUUGUACAUAAUUAUCGCUGCAAUUUGUGGUGGCAUCACACUGAAGUCAUGCCGAUCUUGAAUGUAUAUUUAUCUUGGGUCGAGUUACAUGUGAUAUGCGUCUUUGGUGUUCAUUACUUCUAAGCGGCAUUGCAGUUUGGGGAUUUCAUCUUCAAGUUUAUAAGUUGAAAUGUUGGCUUCUUGCUUGCCGCGGCCAUCCUGGUGUGUUUGCCUGAUGGCUAUGCGCAUUUCCAGCAUUGAAGCCCCGGUCUGCCUGCGUUUGUAUCGUCAGCUUCUUGUAGAUCUUGGGUUCCCUUGUAUAUUCAGAGUGGUAGUUAGUUGCUCCAUGCAAUUGUUUUUAUCCAAUCGCCAUAAAAUGCAGAGUCCGGGUUCUCUUUGUUGACUCCUUCUGUUCGUUUCAAAAUUAAUUGGUUGUUCUGUUUAUUCAA